GACCUAACACAAAAGGAACCUGCAACAUUAAUUAUCAACCGUUUCAACUCCCGCCAAUAUUCACACCAACUCCAACAACAACGAUAUCUUUCAUAAUCAACUUAAUCCAUACACGCAUCUAAUACAUAUAUUUCAAUCCACAAACCCUUUUCCUAUAAUCACCUCUUAAACAAAAUCCCUAAAUAUAAUUCAGAAUGGGUAAGAGUUCUUCCAUGGCAGUAGCAGAGAAGAUCUCUUGGUACUGUGCAGUGUUUGCCGCCAUGAUGCUGCUGAUGAACUCCUUCCAGGUGGCAGAGGAGGGUUCCACGGAGAUCGUAGAGCAACAACAGCCGUCGAUGAUGAUCACCGGAUAUUCUGAUCGACGGCCAGCAUGUGAUGAGAUUUAUGAAGUGAAAGAAGGAGAGACGUUGCAGACGAUAAGUGAGAAGUGUGGAGAUCCUUAUAUUGUUGAAGGGAAUCCUCAUAUACAUGACCACGAUGAUCUAUUCCCGGGUCUUCUCAUUAGAAUCACUCCUUCUUUUUAAUCUCAAGUGAUUAUGUAUAAAUUGUUAUGAAUGAGUUUUUCUUUUUUUACGUACGUGUGAUUGUGAAAUAAUACAUAACCGCUCUGAACGUGAAUGAUUAUAUUAGUAGUACGUAGUAUAACAUAUGCUUAUUAGUUUGGAAACCAAAAAAAAAAAACAUGAAGCAAAA